UUACAGGCCCGUAGAGCGUCCCCUCGCUCGAGGUUAUAAACCAUGGCGCUUCCUCCCCUAUUUCUGUCUCCUGCGACUUUUCUUCUCCAUUCCACAUACCCUGGCGGCACAUUGCUUUUAUCGGCAGCAAGUCGCCUACCAUGCCUCCAUUGCCGGGCGAAGAGCGUAUACUGACAGUAUUUGCCGAUAUUCAUUAUUACUUUGCCGCGCCGACCCCUAGACCCCUCCAUCACCGAUUCGAGAAAGGCUCCUAUCUAUAUCUCUAUCACAAUGCCGUCCACCAGAAGGUCCGGGUUGAGGUGGCGAACAACCCCGGGGCACUUGAGCAGGAUGCAUUCAACGGAGCCCUGGAAAAUGUCCACCUGCGGCAUUCAACCAGAUUCCCAACCCUCUGCACCGUGACAGUGGACGGGCAGAUACAGAGUCAACUGCAAAACCAAAUGGCUUUCCCGCCGCCACCAGGCGCCAUCUCGCAAGAAUGGAAACUGUCUCACACCGAUCCGCUGAACCUCCUUCCUAUCCACACCAUGGAUAUUUAUUUCUGGACGACAGACGACGCCAAUCAGUUCCUCGACCUGUUCGAGACUCACCUGCCUCAGUCGCAGAUCGAGACAGACCGACACCCUUAUCCGCCUCCGCCGCACAGCACGGUCAGCUCAGUCGUGCAGCAGCUGGAGACUGUAGCCAUCACCGACCCCGGCUACCAGAAUGGGCAAACCCGCAACUCUCAGGCAGAGGUGGUCCCCAACCCUAUACCCAACUACCAGGCCAUCACGCCACCAAGCAACCUUCCUCCCCCACCUCCACUGGGCGCUCCGCCCACCGCCGCCAUGCACCCCCUCUACCCCGCCCCCGUCCCCGCCCCCGCCCCUCUACCGUACAACCCAGCGGCCCCAGCGGCCCCCGAGCCGAUCAAACACCGGGAGAAGACCCCUCCCCCAGACGACGGCGAAACCGGCACGGGGCUCACCACCGCAGCGAUAGUAGACACAUACCCUUCCUCAUCCCAGAUGCCCGCGGGAGUAGGAAUGGGAGUAGGAAUAGGAGGAGCAGCCAGCGGAGCACUGCCAUCACCACCGCUAGGCCCUCCUCCGUAUUCCAUGCCCGGAAGCUAUGGCUCCCCGCCGCCCAGCGCAGCACCCCUCAACCCCCAACAACAACAACAACAACAACAACAACAACAAUCACCACCACCACCACCCCAAAUGCCAAUGACAUUCGCCCCACCCCCCACCGACCCCAACCCAACCAACCCAAACGCACACCUCCUCUACACCCAGCAGCAACUACCCCUACAACCACAGCAACACCAACUCCAACAACAACAACACCGACAAAGCGGCGCCUACAGCGCCCCCCGCUCCGAAUCACCUCCUUCCCCGCCUACAUUCCCCCCUCUGGGCGGCUACGCGCAAUACUCGUACGAAACCCCGCAGCGCCACGCCUCCGUGUCAAGCAACGACUUCAGCAUCCAUAACCAGCUCUAUAGGCCCACCGAGCUAGAAUCAACCUCCCGGCAUCAGAAAUUCGCGAAGGAGGCGAUGCAGAAACCCGGGGAUCGACCGCAGACGUUCGUGAAGGCGGCGUAUAAGGUCGAAGGUGGCGUGAAUCGGUUUUUGAGGAAGUUGGAGAAGAGGUUGUAGGUUGGUUGGUUUGCGCGGGGGGGGUUGUUUUUGUUCUUUAGGUUGGUUCUAGUAAUGCUGGUAUCUCAUGUCGUGAUGCUGUUGUAAUUCCGUGUCAUUUUGGAUAUUGGAUAUUGGAUAUUGGAUAUAGGUAAAUAGUACUGGUAUAUAUAUGCUUGAUGCGUUCGGCGAG